AUGCAUGUGCGUGGUAAUAAAGAUCCGAAUCAAACUAUGAGGCGUCCAAUGACAGCUGCUCAACAAAUUGGCUGGUGGACAAAAGAUGAACCAUUAAAAACCAAAGAACCAUGGACUCAAGAAAAACGUCAUGUUCAUGCUCAAUCUGAAAUGACAAAAUUUGUUGAUGAUAUGAGUCACCAAGCAUGUAUAUGGGCAUUGGGUAUAUCACAGAAUGCUGUUAAUGAAACUGAAUAUAUUAAGAUUACACAUGACUACACAUUAGCAGCUGCUAAAUCAAUCGCCAAUGUCAAUCCAACUAUGCGAUUCAUAUUUAUUAGUGGAAUGGGUGCUGACUCAACGGAACAAAGUCGAUUUUUAUUUGGACGUAUUAAAGGUAAAACUGAAAAUGACCUAGUCAAAGAAAGUGGCCUCAAAGAAAUCUAUACGGUACGUCCAGCUGGCAUCAUAUUUACAGAACAACCGUCAAAUAAACCUUGGUAUGAACGUGCAUUCACACCUGCUUUGCGUGUCUUCAAAGUUAUUAAACCGGCAUGGGUUAUUACUGCGAUAGGAUUGAGUCGUACAAUAUUAUAUUUAGCAAAAAAUGGUCAUCAUGCAACAUUAUUUGAAAAUCAAGAUUUAAGAAAUAUUAUCAGUGAAAAUCAUUUGUUGGAAUAG